UUUCUCUCCUCCACAGUAAGUCGUCUCCUCUGCAGUUGGCUAGUAGGUGUUGCAGCCAAGAGAGCUAGUUACAUAAGCGCCUUGAUUUUUUGAAAUCACGCUUGAUUCACUUUUCGCUUGAUAAACGGGCAUCAUCUCUCGAUCCAUCGCUAGUCAUUUCUUGUGUCACACGCCCAGUGCUUUCCAUUCUCAACAGUUUGAAGUGAGCGUAAAGAUACACGGAUCCGGCGGCGAUCACAUUUAGUACAGACGGGAGCGGAAUCUCUAGAUGUCCUAAUCACUGGGAAGUUUCGUUCAUCAGUCACAGAGAAUCCCAUUCCCGCCCUUCCCUUACUGGAAGGGUGGCACGCCUAUUCAGGCGGCAAGUGAGCCACCAUGGGUGUGAAUGAAGAGUUGGCCCCGAGUUUCACUCAGAAACCGACACUUCGCCAAGAGGACGAUGGCAACCGAUUGGUAUUCGAAUGUCAAUUGGUAGCCAAUCCUUUGCCGGCCAUCACUUGGUUUCGCGGCGAAACCAAGCUGGUCGAAAAUGAUCGCACGACGAUGAAAAUGACAGAACUGACGCCCAGCAAGUACUUGGUCGUCCUCGAGCUCGAUGAUGUCAUUGAAACAGAUGCCGGCUCGUAUAAAGUUAGUGCCCAUAACAAAUUAGGCGAAGUGGCAGCCUCAAUCAACCUGAAUUUCAGCCCAACGGACGAACCCAAAGAAAAGCAAAUUGAUGGAAUCGCACCUACUUUUGCCCAGAAGCCAUCGAUCAAGCAAGAAGAAGAUGGCAAACGAUUACGAUUCGAGUGCCGAAUCUUAGCGGAUCCUCGCCCUGAAGUCAGUUGGUUUCACGGCGGCACCGCGAUCAAGAACGGCGGUCGAUACCGAAUCUCGAUCGAAAAAGAUGGCAAUUCAUAUUUUUCCACCUUGGAGAUCACGAGUGUGGCUGUGGAAGACGGUGGAAAAUAUAAAGUUACAGCUAAAAAUGAGCUUGGCGAGAGUAACGCCACGAUCAGUCUCAAUUUUGACAGUUCCUAUUUGAACUCAUCUAACGAAGGGAAAACUCAAGAUAAUGUUAAACCGACUUUCACGGAACGCCCCGUUAUUCGCCAGUCGGAUGACGGAACCAAAGUGUAUUUUGAGUGUCGCCUGGUUGGUGAGCCCAAGCCAACAGUGACAUGGUUUCACAAAGGAGAGCAAAUCAAAGAGGGUGGUAGACACAAAGUCAGUAUUGUCCAGGAUGCUAAAUUGUUCUACUUGGUCUCGCUGGAAAUCGCUAGCGUUGACUCAACUGACGAGGGCGAAUACAAAGCAGUGGCCAAAAACGCAAACGGAGAAGGAAUCGCUACAAUCAAUUUGAACUUUGAAGGCGGCGGCAAGCCCAAAAUCCCCGAGGGCAAAGCCCCGCGCUUUCCCAAGAAGCCCACCAUCAAGCAAGAAGGCGACAAAUUAAUCAUGGAAUGUCUUUUGGAAGCCAACCCAAGUCCAGAAGUCACCUGGUUCCAGGGUAACAAAGUAAUUGCCGACAGCUCGCGAGUCAAAAUGACUCGAACUCCCCUCGGCAAAGACACAUUUUCGCUGGCGCUUGAAAUUCUUAAUCCUACUAAAGAAGAUGGAGGAAACUAUCGCUGCAAUGCUUGCAACGCUUACGGAGAGAGUAACGCAAAUAUAGCGCUUAACUUUCAAGGUGGGGAGGAAGAAAACUCGGAUGCUAUUGCUCCGACUUUCAUCGAGAAACCCAAGAUUGUUCCCAACGAGUCUGGAACUCUUAUUACAAUGAAGUGCAAAUGCCGAGCUAAACCUGCUCCAGUCGUCACUUGGUUCAAGGAAUCAACCCAAGUAACCGAAUCUUCCCGCUUUAAAAUGAAGUGUACGGUUAUCGAAAGUGACGUGUACGAGUUGGUUCUUGAAAUCAAGGAUCCUUCUAAAGCUGAUGGUGGACCUUACAAGUGUUACGUCAAGAAUGACCACGGCGAGUCGAAUGCCAAGCUCAAUUUGAAUAUUGAAGCUGACUCAGAACCAGAACCAGGUUACCCUCCUAGCUUUGUGGAGAAACCUCGAAUGGAAUCCAGUGCGGAUGGCAAGAAAGUUACCAUGUAUUGUAAGGUAAAAGCCGAUCCCAAACCCACUGUAACCUGGACCAGGGAAUCAGUGACGAUCAAGGAGUCGUCACGCAUUUCCAUGAAAGUCGUUCAAGAGAAGGACACUUACAGCAUCAAAUUAGAACUUACGGAUCCUGCUCCGAAUGAUGCUGGGCUAUACAAAUGUACAGUCAAGAAUUUACAUGGAGAAGUCCAUGCCAACUUAAACCUCAAUAUUGAAAUCGCUCCUGUGAUUCCCGAUGUUCCUAAAAUCAUCAGGAUUGAAAAGAAGAGAACUAUUGUAGUAGAAUGCCACGUUAAGGCGCAGUCUGAACCUAAUGUACUUUGGUACAAAGAACAGAGUGUGGUACAGAAAAGUUCCAAGCACAUGGUUCACAUUACCCGAGUUUCGGAAGGUGAAUUUGCUGUUCAACUGGAGAUUUCGGAGGCUCAACAAAGUGACAAAGGUAUCUACAAACUGGUGGCGAAAAAUGAAAAAGGAGAAGCCGUAUCGAAAACGGUGGAGGUGAAGGAUAUUCCUGCAGAAGAACCGAAACCGGAGAAACCCAAGGAAGAACCCAAACCGGAGAAACCAAAGGAAGAACCGAAACCCGAGAAAGUUAAAACACCCGAAAAGCCCAAAGAGGAACCGAAACCCGAGACAAAGACCAAAAAAGUUGAAGGCUCGAAACCGACUUUUGCAAAGGCUCUUGAAAAUAUGUCCGUAGAAGAAAGUAAAUCGACCGAAUUCGUCUGCCAAUUGAAGACCAGUGAUACAAAAGCAAAAGUCACGUGGACAAGGGACGAAAAAGUCAUUGGAGAAAGCAGUGAAAUGCGCAUGACAUUUGAUGGCACUGUAGCUCGCUUGCACAUUCAGUCGGUUCGUACAGAGAUGUCAGGAACCUACAAAUGCCAAAUUAUCAAUGAAAUUGGAAAAGAAGAAAGCUCUGCAAAACUUAGUGUUAUCAGCAAAAAGAAGACAGAAAAGAAAUCUGAAGACCAGUUAGUACCAGAGGAAAGCCAAGACAAGAUUCAACCCCAACAACCCAAAAUUAAGGAAAAUGCAGCUGAAAUGGGGAAAGAGAAAAUGGAUGUCAUUGAACCUACCAAGAAACCUGAAAAAUCAGUGAAGCCAGUGAAAAUUGCUGCAAAUGAGAAAUCACCUAUUCAUAGUAAGAGAAAUUCCUUGGAGAACACCAUCAAUCCAUCUGAAAGUCAACAAAAGAUGCAGCCACCCAAAACAGAAAAAGAAGGAAACAAUAAAGUAUUAGAAACUCCGGUCCUCCCAAUCUGUGAAGAAGGAUCUCAGCAGAGUCCAAAAACUGUUGAUCAAAAAGUAAACAACCAAAAACCUAGUGAAAGAUCUGAGUGUCAGAACGACAAAAUUGGCGUUUCAACCUUCCCCAAUGGUUUACAGCAAGAAGUUACGCCUAAUACCAAAACAGACAAAAUUCCAGAUAAAGAGUGCACCGUUGAACAGAAAGACAAUUUGAAACCGAAAAGACAGAAAACUCCCGCGGUGCAGGAAGUUCAGGUUCCGCCAAGCCGUACCCUAGAAUCAGAACAGAAAAAGGCAGAUGAUUCUAAGAAAACGGAUAGCAAAACAGAAUUGCCCCAUUCUCAAGCAAAUAACGACAAUGGAGUAAACAAACACAAGAUAAACGAGGGUCCAACUUCAAUGCAAACACUCCUGGUGCCAAAAAUAACCGAACCUCAAGGUCAGGAAAAAUCACAUUCCGGUGAAGGAGUUGGAAAACACGAGAAACAGAUUUCGAAAUUAUCACCUGAUGUGGCCAAAACUCUAAGUGAUACAAAAAGAUCAUUAAAACCGACCAGGGGCAAGAAAGAAGAGGAGGAAAAACCAAAAGAACAGGAAAAAAAAACAAAACCCGCCAAACCCGCCGAGGAAGAGAAACCAAAAGAGGAACCGAAAGAUUUGGCUAAGAAAUUGCGAGAGAAAGAAGCGCCCAAAAUCGAGGUUUUGGAGCUGGAAUCUCCUGGAGGAAGUCGCCGUGGUUCCAUUCAAACUGGAUCAGGACCACCAAGCAGACGAGGAUCUCUUAUUCCACCAGAGGAUCAACCUCGCCGUCCCAGUCUACUGAUAUCCGAUGAGGAACAUAGAAAACUACGUCCUGGCGAGCUCUUAGAGGACCGAAGGCAUUCAAUCAAAUUACGCCCGGGUGAAUUGGCUGCCGAGAAAAAAGUUAGGCCAGGGGAAAUGGAUGAAAAACAGAAACGAAGAACCAGCUCCGACGCCCGUCGGCCAAGUGCGGCUGACACCGGGGAAUGCGUUGAUAAAGUAUCGACGCCGCUAAGACCGGUCGGUCCUCCUGGCCCACCAUCCAUUGUUGAUAUCCAAGAGAACUAUUCGGCGGUUGAAGAUGCCACUGCCUACAUCACCGUUCGCGUGGAGGGUAAUCCUGUUCCAACCUUCAAGUGUUACAAGGGUAUCACGGAGAUUAUGGAUGGUGGUCGUUACAAAUACGUCACCGACGGCGAAACGAAUACGCUGACUCUUUGCAUCCGCAAGACAAAACCAAACGACGAAGGAAAUUACCGAAUUGUGGUGACCAACGAACACGGAGAAGAUACGGCUGAAACUACUCUUUUCGUAUCAGAUUCCAGUGGAAUGGACUUCCGCGCAAUGUUGAAAAAACGAAAAUACGCCAAAUGGGGCAAGGAUAAGGAAGAUCCCGACUGGGGCACCCUCAAAGAAGUCGAGGAGCCACCCAAGCCACAACUGAAGAAAGUCGAAAAGAAACAAGAAAGUUUCAUGAAGCCUUUGAUUGACCAGACCGUCAAAGAAGGAAAAGACAAAAAAGUUGUUUUCGAAUGCAUCUUUUCCAAACCCAAUGGCAAGCCCAAGUGGUACCUCAAAAAAGAUGAAAUAUUCUCUGGCUCUCGCCAUAAAAUGACGGUUGAAAAUGACGUUUACAAACUGAUCAUUACUCAGCCAAAAGUUGACGACAUGGGCAAAUACACAAUCGACAUUGGUGGCAUCACUUGUAGCGCCUAUCUCACUGUAGAGGAGGCCGACCAAGUUUAUUCGUUCGUCCGCCAGUUACCAAAGAAAGCUGAAGCUUAUCUUAACCGUGAAUAUGAACUGGAAUGCCAGGUCAAUCAUCACAAAGCGCCUGUCAAUUGGUACAAGGGCGAGGAGAAGAUUGAAUCAGACGGACAGAGGUUUGAAAUCAGCAAAGACCUAACAGGAACCUGCCGACUCAUUUUCAAAGGGCCAAUUAAAGAAGACAAUGGCGAAUACUCUUGCAAAAUUGAGAGGCAGAACCUGAAGUCUACUUGUCAUCUCAAGUUUAUUGAAUUCCCGCACAAGUUCACCAAGACUCUUCUUAGUGUUCAAGCUGCUGAUAAAGAGGCCGUGAUGCUAGAAUGUGAAGUUGACGAGGAUGACGCGGGAGUGAUCUGGAAGAAGGACGGUGAAGUCUUCAAACCAACAGAUAAAAAGAUUCAGAUCCAAGUAGAGGGCAAAAAGCGUCGCUUAUUUUUCAAAGAGAUCAAAAUGAACGAUGCUGGACACUACACUUGCCAUACCAACGCAGACGAAACCACUUCAGAGGUUACCGUUGAUUAUGUUAACAAGUUUAACAAGAAAUUAAAAGACACGGUGGGCACGGAACGGGAGAAGUUAAUUCUGGAGGUCGAAGUUGCCGAUCAAACCGCUUCCACCGAAUUUUUCCUCAAUGGCGAAGCAAUUAAAGCGUCCGAUCGCAUCGAAAUCAAAAACUUGGGUGGCGGUAAACACCAGCUCAUCUUCAGCAGCUUGGAGCUUACCGAUCAAGGAGAAAUCAAAUGCAAAUCCGGUCGGCUCAAGUCGACUUGUCAGUUGACUGUCAACAAAGGCGAGGGAAAACCUGAAAUCAACCUUGAAAGUCCCGUCGAAGGACCCACUGGAAAAAUGCUGAUUGUUGACGUCCCAUACACUGUCCCUGGAAUGCGAAAGUCUCCUGUUGAAGCAAAACUAUUGAAAGAUGGCAAAGCCUUUGGCGUCAAAGAUGUGGAAAUCAUCGUUCAAGAGGAUAAGGUUAUUAUGAAACUCAAGAAGACGGUCCGUUCUUCAAGUGGUCUAUAUCAAAUCAAACUCUCGAACGCCCAAGGAGAAACGAACAAGGAUGUCAACUUUAAUAUUCAAGACGUGCCAGGCGCACCCGAAGACAUUUCAGUUCAUGAUAUAUUCCAAGAUUCCUGCGUUCUCAAGUGGAAGAAGCCAAAGGAUGACGGUGGUAUGCCCAUUGUCAAUUAUAUCAUCGAGCGCCAGGACUUGUCUGUCAAGGGUGGAUGGAAUCCGGUUGGUGAAUCCCCAGCCGAUCAGCCUCUAUCUUUCAAGUGUGAAGGAUUAAUCAACAAGAAAGAAUACAAAUUCCGUGUUUUGGCUGUAAACAAGAUGGGAAAUUCGGAGCCCGGUCUAUUCCCCAAAGUUGUUCUUGCCAAAGAUCCUUGGGAUGAACCAGGGAAACCAGGCAAUGCUGAAGUCGUCGACUGGGAUGCUGAUCACGCAGAUAUUACAUGGACUAAGCCUGAAAAUGACGGAGGUUCUCCGAUCACUGGCUAUGUCAUUGAAUAUAAGGAGAAAUUCGGAAACGAUUGGGUGACAGCAAAUGAAUUCCCAGGUGAUGCUACUAGCGGAACAGUCACCGGCCUUAAGGAAGGUACUCAAUACGAGUUCCGCAUUAAGGCAAUUAACAAAGCGGGACCAGGAGAACCAAGUGAGGCUACCAAACCAAUCAUAGCCAAGUCAAGAUUUGUGAAACCUUACAUCAUCGGAGAUGCUAUGAAACCGCUGGUGAUCAAAAAAGGACAAAUCAUUAAAUUUGAUGUGAAGUAUGGUGGUGAACCUGAACCAGAAGCUUCGUGGGAACUCGAAGGAAAAGCAAUCAAAAUCGACGGAGAACGGAUACCCAACACAACGACACAGAGAGUAUCGGUGGACAAAUACGAGCGGAAUAGCGUUUUGACGGUGCGCAAAGCGGUCCGCGCUGAUAGCGGCAUAUACAAAAUCGUUUUGAAGAACAGCUCCGGAACGUGCGAGGGUGUCGCUGAUGUCGUCGUCCUUGACAAACCAUCAAGACCUUCAGGACCGAUUAUCGCGGAUGAAAUCCGUGCCGACCACAUCAAGAUCAAAUGGAAGAAACCGGAAGACACUGGUGGAUCACCACUUACUGGCUACAUCAUCGAGAAGAUGGAUAUGGACAGUGGUCGAUGGGUUGCUGCAGGCGAGGUAGGCCCCAAUGACGACACUUUUGCUGCCACAGGUUUGACACCGAAGAAGAAGUACAAGUUCCGCGUCAAAGCCGUCAAUAAGGAAGGCGAAUCAGAAGCUUUAGAGACAGACGAGGCCAUCUUGGCCCGUAAUCCUUAUGAUGAGCCUGGCAAACCGAGCAAGCCGGUUAUUGAAGAUUACUCUGUUAACAGCGUAACUCUUACAUGGAUCAAGCCAGAUAAUGACGGUGGUCGUCCUUUGACGCACUACAUCAUCGAAAUGAAAGACAAACUAUCCGUUGAGUGGAAAGAAGUUCUGCUGACACCCGACCCCACAUGUCAAGCGACGGUUGAUGGGCUAAAAGAGAACCAGGUAGUCACGUUCCGCGUUCGUGCAGCAAACAAGGCUGGCUUCGGAGAACCUUCAGAACCCACCGAUACUCACGUCGUGAAACACCGAAACCUGAAACCGAGGAUUGACCGCACUACUUUGAAGACAGUAACCAUCAAAGUAGGCCGUGCCCACAAAUGGUCCGUGGAUGUAGCUGGUGAACCUCCUCCAACUAUUAGUUGGGUCUGGCGGGAUAGCGUCGCACUCUCAAAUACGGAGCGCAUUACUAUUGAAAAUCGUGAUUACCACACUGAUUUCUCGAUUAUCGAGGCCAGUCGCAAGGAUGCCGGUAUUUACACCUUGCAGGCAGAAAACAAAUCCGGAAAGGAUACUGAAUCAGUCGAGCUGAUCGUUCUGGGUAAACCAAGCUCACCAAAGGGUCCAUUGGAAGUAACAGAUGUUCACAAAGAAGGCUGCAAACUAAGCUGGAUUAAGCCGGAUGAUGAUGGUGGACUCCCCAUCAAAGAAUAUGAAAUUGAGAAACUCGACACCAAUACUGGCAAAUGGACCCGCGUUGGUAAGGUCAACGGAGAACGACAGCCACCCACAUAUAACGUAACUGGCCUGGAACCGGGCAAGAGCUACCAAUUCCGAGUUACAGCCAUUAACGACGAAGGAGAUUCUGAACCUUUGACUACCACACAUGCAAUUGUUGCCAAAGAUCCUUACGAAAAUUCGUCUGCCCCUGGAAAGCCCGAUAUUGUCGACUAUGACAACCGUAGUGUUGACUUGAAGUGGACUGCACCUUCGGUGGAUGGAGGCGUUCCCAUCGAGAAAUACAUAAUCGAAAAGAAAGACAAAUUUAAACCCGAUUGGGAAAAAGCCGGUGAAGUUCCUGGCGACAAGUUAGAAGGCAAAGUAAUUGAUCUUAAAGAGCGCGGUGAAUAUCAAUUCCGCAUUGUUGCCGUCAACAAGGCUGGACUCUCUCCUCCGUCAGAACCUACCCAGAUGCAUCUAGUCAAACAUAAACUACUCAAACCACAAAUCGAUCGCACCACCUUGAAACAAAUGAUGCUGAAAGCUGGAAAAGUAUUCAAGUUUGAUGUCAAUAUCAAGGGCGAACCGCCUCCAACUGUUACAUGGCAUCUAGCUGACAAAGAAGUCAUUUCACAAGAAAAUGUUGAAAUUAUCAACAUUGAUUACAACACUAAACUUAAUGUUGUUGACGCUAAACGAAAGAACUCGGGCAUGUACAAGAUUGUGGCCGUAAAUGAACACGGUAAAGACGAAGCCGAAGUAGAGGUGGUCGUCCUCGCCGCCCCGUCCAAACCUAAGGGACCAUUGAAAGUCAAUGACGUCACCAAGAGUGGCUGUAAGCUAGCCUGGCAACCACCCGAGGAUGAUGGCGGUAAACCCAUCACUGGCUACGUGGUUGAGAAAUUGGACAAGGGUCGCUGGGUUCCAGUUGGUCGCUCAAAAGAACCGGAAAUGGAUGUUGGUGGUCUACAGGAGGGCAAGGAAUACAGCUUCCGAGUAAGAGCCGUUAACGAUGAAGGCGAAUCUGAAAAUCUUGAUACUGAACAAUCAAUCAUCGCUAAAAAUCCAUUUGAUCCCCCUGGCAAACCAGGAACUCCGGAAAUUGUCGACUGGGAUGUCGAUCGUGUUGAUCUGAAGUGGACAGCACCAAAAUUCAAUGGUGGCGUUCCUAUUACGGGCUAUGUCAUCGAGAAGAAGGAACGGUUUGGAAGCAACUGGGAAGAAAUGAUGACAACUGAGAAACCCGACUGUGAGGCUAGAGUACCAGGACUGAAAGAAGGACAGCAGUAUCAAUUCCGUGUCCGAGCGGUCAACAAAGCGGGCCAGGGUGAACCAAGUGAAGCCACUGGAACACAUAUUGCCAAAGCGCGAUUCCUGAAACCGAUCAUCAAUCGGGAGAAACUCAAGCAAGUUGUUGUGAGGGGUGGCCAGUUCGUCAAGUUCGACGUCGACGUCAAAGGUGAACCUGCUCCAACUUUGCAAUGGAUUUUUGCUGGAUCACCACUUGAGAGCAAAGACCGAAUCAGGAUCGAUAACCAAGAACACAACACGAAGCUUUCAAUUGGCGACUCAAUCCGCAAAGACACAGGAAUCUACACUUUGGUCGCUGAAAACAGCGUUGGCCGGGACGAAGCCACAGUCGAAGUCAGCAUCUUAGCCAAGCCGGGCAAACCAGAAGGACCGUUGGAAGUGACCAACGUCCACAAAGAAGGAUGCAAAGUCAAAUGGGACAAACCAAAGGACGACGGUGGUUUACCAAUUACAGGUUACAUUUUGGAGAAGAUGGAAGCCGGCACUGGAAAAUGGGUUCCAGCGGGCAAAUGUGACUCCGAGAAGAAUGAGCUCGAUGUAACCGGUUUGGAACAAGGAAAGAAAUACCAUUUCCGUGUAAAGGCAGUCAACGAAGAAGGUGAAGGAGAACCUCUUGAAACCGACACUGCCAUCUUGGCAAAGAAUGCUUUCGAUCCACCUGCCCCACCGGGUCUUCCAGAAAUCAUCGAUUGGAACGAAAAUAUGGUGAAGUUGAAGUGGGACCCACCCCUUCGUGAUAACGGCUCACCCAUCACGGGUUACAUCAUUGAAAUGAUGGACAAGUAUGGAGGCAUUUUCACUAAAGCGGCCGAAAUCAAAGACAAUGUCUGUCAAGGCGUUGUCAAUCACUUGGAAGAAGGUAAUCGUUAUGAGUUCCGUGUUCGUGCUGUUAACAAAGCCGGACAAAGUGAACCUAGCGAUUCUACCAAACCACACGUGGCAAAAGCCCGUUUCCUCAAACCACGAAUUGAUCGCACCAAUUUGACAAAAGUGACGAUUAAAGUCGGUCUGCAAGUCAACCUUGAUGUUAAUGUAGCCGGAGAACCUCCACCAGUCAUUACUUGGACUUUGAAAGACAAUGAAGUUCAAUCGAACGAGCAAGUUCGCGUUGACAAUUCCGACUACAAUACCAAGUUCUUGAUUUUCCGAGCUACAAGGGCUCUUAGCGGUGUCUACACCAUUACCGCGACCAAUUCUCAAGGCGAAGACAAAGCAGAAGUGGAAAUUCUUAUUCUUGGUAAACCAAGCAAACCUAAAGGCCCGCUGGAGGUUUUGAAUGUCCAUAAAAAUGGAUGCAAACUGAAGUGGAAGAAACCGGAAGACGACGGUGGAUCACCUAUCGAGUACUAUGAGAUCGAAAAGUUAGAUCCGUUGACGGGCCAGUGGAUGCCAGCCGGACAAUCUAAUGAGCCUGAAGCCGAAAUUACUGGACUUCAAGAAGGCAAAAAAUACAAAUUCCGUGUCAAAGCUGUCAACAAGGAAGGUGAAUCGGAAGAGCUGGAAACGGAUCAGACUAUUGUGGCCAAAAAUCCAUUUGACCCACCAAGCAAGCCUGGACGACCGGAAUUGACCGACUGGGACAAGGAUUAUGUCGACUUGAAAUGGAAUCCACCCAAAUCUGACGGUGGCAUGCCUAUUGAGAAAUAUAUUGUCCAGAAGCGUGACAAAGACGCAAGAGGUUGGUCUGAGUGUGCCCGUGUCAACGGCGACAAGAACAGCGUCAAAGUAACGGAUGUGGAGCCAGGGCAUGAAUACGAAUUCCGUAUUGUUGCACUGAACAAAGCCGGAGAAAGUGAGCCGAGCGAUGUCUCCCAGUCCGUGGUGACCAAGCCGCGAUUCUUAGCUCCUCAUAUCGAUCGUAAAACACUCGUCAAACAAAUCAUCCACACAGGACAGCUUCUGCGCAUGGAAGCCGAUGUGCAGGGCGAACCGGCCCCGCAAGUCACGUGGUUCCGCCAGGAAGAACAGCUCGUCAGCUAUGAACGACUCACCAUCACCAAUGAGCCUUACCGAACGAGCUUUAUCAUUACCAAAGCUACACGAUCUGACACGGGUGUUUACCGUGUUUUCGCCAAAAACGAUUCCGGCACCGACCAAGUCGAGAUUGAAAUCAACGUGCUCAGCAAGCCAGGCAAACCCAAAGGUCCUCUCGCAGUUAGCGAAGUCACGGCUGAAGGCUGCAAGUUGAAAUGGGAACCACCAGAAGAUGACGGAGGUGUACCUCUCGAGAACUACGUUGUCGAACGAAUGGACACCGACACCGGUCGCUGGGUUCCUGUCUGCACUACAAAGACCCCUGAAGCCGAUGUUGGUGGAUUGACCGAGGGCAAGGAAUACCAAUUCCGCGUUCGUGCUGUCAAUGCCGAGGGAGAAUCGGAUCCACUAGAAACCGACGUCCCAACGCUGGCCAAAAACCCGUACCAAGUUCCUGAUGCUCCCGCUAAGCCACAGAUCAAGGAUUGGGAUCGUCAUCAAGUUGAUUUGAAGUGGACGCCCCCCAAGUCGGAUGGCGGUUCGCCCAUCACGUCCUACAUUGUGGAGAAGAAGGACAACAACGCCACUAAAUGGUCAAAGGCUAUGGAAGUGACUGGUAACAAAUGCGAAGCCCGUGUCACCGGACUGACGGAGAAUCACACUUAUCAGUUCCGAAUCCGUGCCGUCAACAAAGCUGGACCGAGUAAGCCCAGCGAAGCCAGUGAUCAGGUCACUGCUAAACCACGCUUCUUGGCGCCAAAGAUCGACCGCACCAAUUUGAAGAACGUGGCAAUCAAAGCAGGUCAGCCGUUCAAAUUUGACGUCAACGUCAUUGGUGAACCGGCGCCUACCAUCACGUGGUUCCAAAACAAAGCCCAUCUCGAAACAAAAGACAACAUGACAGUUGACGUCGACUCGCACCGUACAAAACUCUCCGUCCUGAUGGCUUACCGCAGGAAUACGGGAACUUACGUCAUCAAAGCCGAAAACAGUUCCGGCAAAGACGAAGCCUCGGUCGAAGUUACUGUUCUCGACAAACCAGCCACGCCGGAAGGCCCGCUCAAGAUUAACGAUAUCCACAAAGAAGGAUGCAGCUUGAAAUGGAAUCCACCACUUGACGACGGAGGCUCGCCCAUCGAGUACUACGUUGUUGAGAAAAUGGACACGGAGAACGGCCGCUGGGUCCCGGUGGGACGAAGCAAAGAUCCUAAAAUGGAAGUUGCCAAUCUGACACCAGGACAGGAAUAUAAAUUCCGUGUUUCGGCUGUCAACUCGGAAGGAGAUUCCGAACCGUUGGAAGCACUGGAGUCGAUUAUUGCUAAAAAUCCUUUCGACGAGCCAGGAGCGCCCGGCACUCCUGAAGCCACCGACUGGGAUCGACACUUUGUGGAGCUCAAGUGGACCCCACCAACCACCGAUGGUGGAUCUCCUGUCACAGGCUACAUCAUUGAAAAACGUGAAAAGGGUAACACAAGAUGGACCAAAGCCACCGAAUUGCGCUCACCAGAGUGCAAGGGAAAAGUUGACAACCUCGACGAAGGUCUCACUUAUGAAUUCCGCGUUCGUGCUGUGAACGAGGCUGGACCAGGAGAACCCAGUGACGCCAGCAAGGCAGUCGUCACCAAACCCAGAAAACUGGCGCCAAAGAUUGACCGCCGUACCUUGCGCAACAUUACGAUUCGCGAGAGCGAAUCCUUCAUGUUCGAUGUCAAGAUCGUCGGCGAGCCGGCACCAGAUGUCACUUGGGCCCUAGGAACUAAAGCAGUCCAGCAGAACCAUUCGAGGAGAAUCGAAAAUGUGCCAUACAACUCCAAGUUCUUCAACGAUAAACCGGAGCGCAAAGAUACUGGCACCUAUGUUAUCACGGCUAUCAACAAAUGGGGCCAAGAUACAGCAGAGGUCGAAGUUAUUGUCGUCUCAAAACCGGGCAAACCGGAAGGACCAUUGGAGGUAAGCGAUGUGCACAAGGAAGGAUGCAAACUCAAAUGGAAGAAACCCAAAGACGAUGGCGGUGAACCCAUUGAAGGCUACAGCGUGGAGAAAUUCGACGCCGACAGUGGCAUGUGGUUGCCGGUAGGGAAAACCAAGGAUCCCGAAAUGGACGUUCUUGGUCUUGUACCCGGCCACGAAUAUCAUUUCCGCGUCAAGGCUUUCAACAAAGAGGGCGAAUCAGAGCCAUUGGAAACAAUGUCUCCCAUCAUCGCCAAAGAUCCUUUCACUGUCCCAACUGCUCCUCGCAGUCCCGAAGCCAUUGACUGGAGCCCAAGUUAUGUGGAACUUUCGUGGAAGGAACCGACUUCCGACGGUGGAGCCGUUAUUACUGGUUACAUCAUCGAAAAACGCGAUAAAUACAGUGUCAUGUGGGAAAAAGCUAUGGAAACCUCAGAUCCACUUUGUCAAGCUAAAGUUGUUAACUUGAUCGAAAACAUGGAGUACCAAUUCCGUGUGAUCGCCGUUAAUAAAGCCGGAAACUCGGAGCCCAGUGAGGCAACCAAAACCAUCAUCACCAAAGCACGCUUCCUGGCGCCAAAGAUUGAUAGACGCAACAUGCGAGACAUGACUCUGACAGCCAAUUCGAUGCUCAAAUUCGAUGUUGGCAUUUCUGGUGAACCGCCUCCAACUGCAGUAUGGACUGUGAGCGGUAAUCCAAUCAAGGCUUCUAAAUCAGUUCAAAUCGACAAUGUCGACUACAACAGCAAACUGAUUAUGCGCAACGUUCAGCGAGGUGAUAGUGGCGAGUACACCAUUACGGCCACCAACAGCUCCGGUAGGGACAGUGUCACUGUGACUGUGACCGUCACGGACAAACCUAGCGCACCGGAAGGACCGUUGCAAGUCAGCGAUAUCCACAACGAGGGCUGCAAGCUCAAAUGGAAGAGACCCAAGGACGAUGGCGGUGUGCCCAUCUCUUAUUAUCAGGUUGAAAAGCAAGACCCACAGACUGGAAUCUGGGUGCCUUGCGGUCGGGCCAACGAAACAGCAGCUGAAGUCAAUGGCUUGACUCCAGGCAAGGAGUACAAAUUUAGAGUCAUGGCCGUAAACACGGAAGGCGAAUCCGAGCCACUUGAAACCCUGCAGCCUAUCUUAGCCAAAAAUCCCUUCGACGAGCCAGGCAAACCAACUGAUGUCGUUCCAACCGACUGGGACAAAGAUCAUGUGGACCUCAAGUGGACAGCUCCGACGUUUGACGGUGGAUCACCUAUUACAAGCUACAUCGUCGAGAAGAAGGACAAGUACGGAGACUGGGAGAAGGCAGCCGAAGUUCCAGCUUCGCAAACCAAUGCUCGCGCUCCUGGACUCAUCGAGGGCCAAGCCUACGAAUUCCGAGUUCGGGCCGUCAACGCGGCUGGUCCCGGUGAGCCAAGUGAUGCCACUUUGCCCAUCGUGGCCAAGCCACGCAAUUUGGCACCCAAGAUCGACCGCUCAACUUUAGUCCCCGUGAAAAUCAAGGCCGGCCAAUCAUUCAGUUACGACGUGAAUGUAAGUGGCGAACCAGCUCCCACAACAAAAUGGGCACUUCGCAGCAAAGAAGUCAAAGCGGCUGAUCACAUCAAGAUUACCGCAGUCGAUUACAAUACUAAACUGCAAGUCCGAAUGGCUACCCGGGCCGAUUCCGGUGUGUUCACCAUUUCGGCUGAGAACGUCAACGGAAAAGAUUCUGCCGAUGUGGAUGUCAUCGUCAUUGACAAACCUGGAACUCCAGGAGGACCUCUCAAGGCCAGCAAUGUCCACGCCGAUGGUUUGACACUUGACUGGAAUCCACCAGCUGACGAUGGAGGCAUCCCAGUCGAUCACUACUUGGUCGAGAAAAUGGAUGAGGCUACCGGACGGUGGGUGCCGGCCGGUCAAACAACUGGACCUAAAACGAAGUUCGAUGUAGACGGCCUGACACCGGGACACAAGUACAAAUUCCGUGUCCGCGCUGUGAACAAACAAGGAAAAUCUGAUCCGCUGACGACGGCACAAGCCAUCGAAGCUAAGAAUCCAUUUGAAGAACCGGGCAAACCGGGCAUGCCAGAAAUUACCGACUACGACUCUGACUUUGUCCAGCUUGCAUGGAAACGUCCCGAAACCGACGGUGGCUCGCCCAUCACUGGCUACGUCAUCGAGAAAAAGGACAAGUUCAGUGGCGCAUGGGAGCCAUGCUGCGAAGUGGAAGGUGACGUUAACAGCGGCCGCGUUGGCGAUCUCAUUGAAGGAGUCCAGUACGAGUUCCGAGUCAAAGCUGUCAAUAGAGGCGGACCCGGAGUGCCGAGUGACCCAACACUGCCUCACAUUGCCCGUCCAAAGAAUCUGCCACCCAAGAUUGACCGAGCUCUUUUGGGCGACAUUAAAAUCCGGGCCGGCCAGACGUUUGAUCUGGACGCCAACGUCAUCGGCGAACCGCCCCCACGAAAGGAAUGGACAGCACGUAACCAGGUUCUUGUGUCUGAUUCACGAAUCCGUUUGACUGUCGAAGACUACAGCAUCAAACUCAGAGUUAUGGACACCAAACGAAGCGAUACCGGCGUUUACACGUUGACAGCCACCAAUAUCAACGGCCAAGACACGGCCACAGUCAAGGUGACCAUUCUCGACGUCCCAUCCGCACCGGAAGGCCCACUGUCGAUUAUGGACAUGACCAAAUCAGGUUGCAAUCUGCACUGGAGGGCCCCGAAAGAUGAUGGUGGGUCUGACGUGACACACUACAUCGUUGAGAAACAGGAUGCGGAGAACAUGCGCUGGAUUACAGUUGGCGACUGCAAAGGAACGUCUAUGCGCGUACCUUUGCUGGAAAACCACGACUACAAAUUCCGCGUCCGCGCUGUCAAUCGUCAAGGCGAGUCGUUGCCACUGAACACGACAUCCACGGUAACGGCCAAAGAUCCUUACGAACGACCCGAUAAGCCCGGAGCACCGGAACCCACCGACUGGGACAAGAACCACGUCGACUUACAAUGGACUCCACCCAAGAAGGAUUGCGGCACGCCCGUCACAGGCUACAUCAUCGAGAAACGCUCAAAAUUCGGCAUCUGGGAGAAGGCGGUCGAAGUGGCCGGCUCCCAAACCAAAGCUCGAGUACCAGACUUGACCGAGGGAGAGGAGUACGAGUUCCGCGUGACUGCCGUUAACAAGGCCGGCGUCGGCGAUCCUAGUGACGCUUCGGCACCCAUCAUCGCUCGUGCUCGAUUCUUGGCUCCACAACUUGACAAAUCCUUCCUUGAGGAUUUGGUUGUUCGUGCUGGCCAACGCAUCGCUUACAAUCUCCCGUACCAGGCGGCACCGAAACCGACGGUGCGCUGGCAAGUGAACGGCAAGGCUGUCAAUCCCGAGGACAGUCGCGUUCACAUGGCCACAUACGAGCGCCAGAUCCUGUUCGAAAUCCCGUUCUCGUUACGCUCCGAUACUGGCAAGUAUACAGUCACCCUGGAGAAUAACCUGGGCAACGUGUCGGCCACUGCUAAUGUAACGGUUCUGGACCGACCGUCCGCUCCUGAGGGACCACUCCUGGUCAGCAACGUCAAGAAAGAUGGUUGCGUCCUGUCGUGGAGAUUGCCGCUGGACGACGGAGGUGCGCCAAUCACCCACUACAUCAUCGAGAAAAUGGACACAUCGCGUGGAACGUGGGCGGAAUCUGCUGUUGCAUCCAGCACCACCUGCGAAGUCACCAAACUGGUUCACAUGAAGGAAUAUUAUUUCCGCGUCAAGGCGGUCAACAGCAUCGGCGAGUCUGAUCCGCUGGCCACCGCCAACAGCAUCAUCGCCAAAAAUGCUUUCGACGAACCCGACGCUCCCGGCCGUCCGAACGUGGUUGACUGGGACAGUAAUUAUAUCGAUCUUGAAUGGAAGCCGCCGGCGAACGAUGGUGGAUCACCAGUCAUCGGCUAUGUCAUCCAGAAGAAAGAAAAAGGAUCGCCAUUCUGGCAGAACGCUGCCCAGGUCAAUGGAAAGGAAUGCAAAGGACGAGCUCCGGAGCUUGUCGAAGGCACCGAGUACGAAUUCCGCAUCAUUGCCAUCAAUGCGGCCGGCAACAGCCAACCGAGUGAGCCAUCUGAUUUGGUGAUGGCCCGUCCACGCCAUUUGGCUCCCAAGAUCAAAACUCCGCUUCGCGAAAUCCGCAUCAAGGCCGGCACCAUCUUCCACGUCGACAUCAACUACGUGGGCGAACCUUCUCCGGACGUUGAAUGGACGUGUGAUGGCCGCCAAUUGAAGACGGACGAGCGUGCCACAAUUACGGCCAUCGGCUACCACACGAUUGUGCACAUUGUCAAUACGAAGCGCAGUGAUUCGGGUGAAUUGCAUUUGCGUCUGAGCAACGAAUCGGGCACCGAUGAAGGAUCCUUCCUCUUGGUCGUCAUGGACCGACCAGGACCACCGACUGGACCACUCGAGUACGAAGAGAUCACCAGUUCGAGCGUCACGCUGUCGUGGAAACCACCGAAAGACCAGGGUGGUAGCGACAUCACCGCUUACGUCAUCGAGAAGCGCGAUCUGACUCACGGUGGCGGUUGGGUACCGGCCGUUAACUAUGUCGACCCGCGCUAUACACACGCCACUGUGCCCCGUCUGAUGGAGGGAACCAAAUACGAAUUCCGUGUCAUGGCCGAGAAUGUCCAAGGACGUUCAGAUCCACUCGACACCGACAAGCCCAUCGUGGCCAAAAACCAAUACGACGUGCCGGGCCGUCCAGGUCGCCCUGAUGCCCUCGACACUGACAAGGAUCACAUCAAAAUCCGUUGGUCCCCACCACACAGCAACGGCGGCUCGCCUAUCGUCGGCUACGACGUCGAGCGCCGCGAUCUUCGCGGUGGCCGCUGGAUUAAAGUCAACCGCGAUCCUGUUCGGCUGAACGAGUUCAAUGACGACAAAGUCCAGGAUGGUCACCAAUACGAGUACCGCGUCAUCGCCAUCAACGCCGCCGGUCCUGGCAAGAGCAGCGAAGCGUCUCAUCCAUUCACUGCCAAACCCAUGCGCGAGAAACCGCGUUUACACCUGGACAAAUUGAACAGUCGCCGAAUCAAGGUGAAGGCUGGCGAGCCCAUCAACGUCGAAAUUCCGCUGUCGGGCGCUCCCACACCUACCGUCGAAUGGACCAAACAGAACAAGGCCAUCUCGGACAACCGCAUAGUCACCGACACCCAAAACGACCGCACCAAGUUGUACGUCUCGUCGUCGAAACGCACCGACGCCGGAAAGUACCAAGUAUCUGCACACAACGCCCACGGCAAGGAUAGCGCCGAGUUGGAAGUCUUGGUCGUUGACAAGCCGGGACCGCCCAACGGCCCGCUCACUUACACCAACGUGUCGGCUGAAGGAAUCACGCUCAACUGGAAAGCACCUCUGGACGACGGAGGCUCGGAGAUCACUGGUUACAUCAUUGAGAAAACCGACGCCUUGUCGGAGAACUGGCGACCACUUCCGGGCUACUGCCCAAGUGUCAGCUUCACUGUCAAGACCGGAUUGGAAGACGGCAAGCGUUACGUCUUCCGCGUGCGUGCCGAGAAUGCUUACGGUCUUUCGGAACCGUUGACCGGCAAGCCUGUGGCCGCUAAGAGUCCGUUCGACCCGCCCGAUGCACCCGACCAGCCGAAGAUCGUGUCGUACACGCCCAACAGCUGCACGUUGCUGUGGGAUCCACCCGCUUUCACUGGCGGCCGUCCCGUCACCGGCUAUUACAUUGAGAAACGUGAUCGUGGUGGCGAGUGGUUGCGUGUAAACCAAUACCCGACGCCCAACACGACUCACAUGGUGACUAACUUGACUGAAGGCAACCGUUAUGAAUUCCGCAUUGUUGCGGUCAACGACGCCGGACCGGGCAAACCCAGUCGCUCAACCGAACCUUUGGUGGCUCGAAUCCAGAAAUUCGCACCAGACGCUCCUGACGCGCCAAAACUGGACCGCGUUUUCAGAAACAGUGUCGCACUCUCGUGGCGCCCGCCUCUCAACGACGGCGGCAUGCGCAUUAAAGGAUACAACGUCGAAAAGAAACUCAAGAGCGCCACCGAAUGGGAAGAAGCCAAUUCCCUUUUGGUUACUGAAACGAAUUACACGGUUUCCGGCUUGGUUGAGGGCGAAGAGUACCAUUUCCGUAUCAUCGCUUUCAACGAAGUUGGUCCAUCACCACCCAGUCGUGCGUCACCCACUGUCAAGGUGGAAGAGCAGGCCGACCGGCCCCACAUCGACCUCGGCUCAAUGCGCGACAUCACCGUACGAGCCGGCGAAGAUUUCUCCAUCAUGGUGCCUUACCGCGCUUUCCCCAAACCGACGGCGUCUUGGUUCGCCAACGAUGUCGUACUCGACGAAACAGACGUCCGAGUCCACAGUCAAGUGAUGGACGAAUACGCCACAAUUGUGGUGAAAAAUUCGCAGCGCAAAGACACGGGGCCGUACAAAUUGCAACUGCGCAACAACGCCGGUUUCGACUCGGUCACCGUCUACGUCCGCGUUUUGGAUCGUCCUUCUCCUCCGCUCAACUUGCACGCCGAGGACUUUGCCGGUGACAGCCUCACGCUCGUCUGGCAACCGCCGAAAGAUAACGGCGGCGCCGAGGUGACCAACUACGUUGUAGAGAAGAAGGAGCCGCGUUCACCGACGUGGUCUCGAGUCAGCGGCUACGUGGUCGCCACCUCUUCUAAGGUGCGUGGACUAGUAGUCGGCCGUGACUACGAAUUCCGCGUCAUGGCUGAGAACCAGUACGGAACGUCGGAGCCGACGACCACCGAAGAACCCAUCAAGGCCAAGCACUCUUUCAAUGUUCCCGGAGCUCCUGGCAUGCCCCGCUCCUUGGAAACCACUGCAGAUUCCAUCACUAUUGUCUGGACGAGGCCACGAUACGACGGCGGAUCCAGCGUCACCGGAUACGUCGUCGAGCGUCGUUCUUGCCGCGAAGACAAAUGGACGAAAGCUUCGCAUGCGGUGGUUACUGAGCUCACCCUGCGCGUCAUCAACUUGACGGAAAAUCACGAAUACGAGUUCCGAGUGGCCGCACUCAAUGCAGCCGGCCAAGGACCGUGGAGUGACAACUCGGACCCCAUUUGCUGCCAGCCGGCUCUCUGCGCUCCAAAGAUCACCAGCGAUUUGAGCAUCCGCGAUAUGACGGUCAUUGCCGGAGAGGAGUUCACCAUUACCGUACCGUUCAACGGCAGCCCGACGCCGAAACCGUCGUGGAACAUCAACAACGAAGAAGUUAUCCAAGAUGAUCGAAUCCGAUUCGAGACUUCUGCCACGGCCACCAUCUAUCUCAACCGUUGUGCCAAGCGUAGCGAUACUGGAAAGUACACGAUCCGCUUGACCAACACUGAAGGUAGCGAUUCGGCCUCAUGCCGCGUACUGGUCGUUGGUAAACCUGGCGCUCCGUUGGCUCCGCUGGACGUUUCCGAUGUCACCCCUGAAACCUGCACUCUGACGUGGCGCCCACCGUCCGACGACGGCGGCUCGCCCAUCUCCAAUUACAUCGUCGAACGUAUGGACGUCUCGGUCGGUGUCUGGAUGAAGAUCAGCUCGUUCGUCCGUGGUUGUUCGUACAACGUCUUCAGCCUGGAAACCAACCGCAGGUACCUGUUCCGCGUCCGCGCUGAAAACCAAUACGGAGUCAGCGAUCCGCUGGAGAGCGACGAACCCAUCACGGCCAAAUUCCCGUUCACAAUUCCCGAGCCACCGGGACAACCGCGCGUCUCCGACAGCGGCUCGGAUAGCGCCACGUUGACCUGGGAACGACCACGCUACGACGGAGGAUCCAAGAUCCAAGGCUACCAAAUUGAACGCCGUGAUCUACAAGAAGAUCGUGAUUGGCUUAUCGUCAACGACUACCUCGUCAAGGACGCCACUUACGUGGUGCACAACCUUCUGGUUAGUCACGAGUACGAGUUCCGCGUUCGUGCCAAGAAUGCCGCAGGCAUGAGCAAACCCUCGCCGGCCUCUUCCCGGUUCAAGACCAAAGGCAAAUUUACCGUGCCGGCUCCACCAGGUAUACCACAGGUUAUCAAAGUGGGACGCACCUACGUCGACCUUAAAUGGGAACCACCAGUAUCGGAUGGUGGUAGCCGAAUCACAGGUUACCUCAUCGAAAAACGUGAGGUCGGUGGUGCUUUCUGGGUUCGUUGCAACGACUACAACGUCAUCUCCUGCGAAUUCACCGUCAAUAAUUUGACCGAGGGACAGGACUACGAGUUCCGCGUUUCUGCCAUCAACGCCGCUGGAAAGAGCGAGCCGAGCACUUGCGCUUCGGCCAUCAAAGUCCGCGAAUUGACCGGUGGCGAGAAACCUCAAUUCAUUCGUCCGCUAGUCAGUAAAGGUGUGCCGAUGGGACGCAAAGUUGUUUUCGAGUGCGAAGCAACUGGCAUCCCAUGCCCGCGCAGCCGCUGGAUGAAAAAUGGUCGCGAAGUUGUCGUAGGAGGUCGCAUCCACACCGAAGAACGUGACGGUCUCUUCCGUCUCAUCAUUUCCGAAUUGUGGGAGGUCGAUGAGGGAGAAUACAGUUGCGAGGCCAGCAACAUGGGUGGCUCGGUUAGCUGCUCAGCCCGGCUGAAAAUUGGCAAUCCACCGCGCAUCGAUCGAUUGCCCGGAGACCUCUACCUACCCGAAGGAGACAACACCAAAAUCAAGAUUUACUUCUCCGGAGAUCAACCGAUGGACGUAUCACUGACCAAGGAUGGACACGAAAUUGUUGAAACGGUGCGCAUCAAGUACACCGUCUUCGAUGAGUACCUCAUCAUCUUCAUCAAGGAGACGACGAAAAGCGAUGCCGGCCAGUACACGUUGCGAGUCAAGAACGAUAGCGGCGACGUAUCAGCUUCUUUCACUGUUUAUAUUACCGGUGUGCCCGGGGCACCAAUUGGCCCACUCGAGGUCUCUGAUAUCACCCAGCACAAGUGCACUCUCAACUGGAAGUCACCAACUUACGAUGGUGGCAAGAAAAUUACGCACUAUGUCGUCGAACGUCACGAUACAAGUCACACUCACUGGAUCUGUGUCUCAUCCCAGUGCAAGGACACAACCUUCACCGUCCAGGGUUUGACUGAGGGACAAGAAUACCUGUUCCGAGUCAUGGCUGCCAACGAGAACGGCAUGGGACCUGCGUUGGAAGGCGUCAAUCCUAUUAAAGCCAAAGCUCCAUACGAUCCACCAACUGCACCUGGUACACCUAACGUCACGGAAGUUGGCAAGGACUUUGCCCACCUUUCGUGGGACAAACCCGAGUCGGACGGCGGAGCCAGGAUACAGGGUUACUGGAUAGACAAGCGUGAGGCUGGAAGUUCCACAUGGCAACGAAUCAACCUCACUUUGUGUUUGACGGCGCAAAUCAACGUUAGCAACCUCGUCGAGGACCGACAGUACGAAUUCCGCGUCUUGGCACAAAACGAAGCCGGCCUUUCGCCACCGUCGAUGGCCUCGACGUCAGUGCGCAUCAAGGAUCCAAAUGCCGCCAGCCCGCCAGAGAUUUUGACACCGCUGAGAAACGUCCUUGGCCUGGAGAACCGCAACGUCCAAUUUCAGUGUACCAUCCUUGGAAAUCCAUUGCCCAGCAUCACCUGGUUCAAGGGCAUGCGCGAGAUUAGCCACAGUUCGAAAUACAGCACCCGAAAAGAAGGCGACACCUACUUUUUGGUGGUCAACGAUGUUUUCGGUGAAGACGCCGACGAGUACGUCUGCCGAGCUGUAAACAAGGCAGGAGCCAAGUCCACUCGCGCCGAAUUGAUCAUCAAAACUGUACCGAAGAUCAAUGUGCCACCACGAUUCCGAGACACGGCCUUCUUUGACAAGGGCGAGAACGUGGUUGUCAAAAUCCCGUUCACCGGCAACCCCCGCCCGAAAGUCGUUUGGUCGCGUGAGGGAGAAACCAUCGAAAGCGGGGCCCAUUAUCACGUCGAAGUCAAAGAAAGACACGCCAUUCUCACCGUCCGUGACGUCACCCAGCUCGACAGUGGCCCGUAUCGUUUGGUGGCCGAGAACGAACUGGGCAUGGAUUCCGUCAUCAUUAAAUUGCAGAUUAGCGAUCGUCCGGAACCCCCUCGUUUCCCGACCGUCGAAAAUGUCGGUGCCGAUUCGCUGAGCCUAACUUGGAAGCCGCCGACGUGGGACGGUGGCAGUGCCAUCACGAACUAUAUCGUCGAGAAGCGUGAACACCCGAUGAGCAGCUGGAUCCGCGUCGGGCCUACCCGCUUCUGCGCCAUCAACGCGACGGCGCUGAGCCCCGGUCACAGCUACGAGUUCCGUAUCUACGCCGAGAACGUGUAUGGAAGGAGUGACGCCAGUGACGUGACUCCACUCGUCCAAACAAAAGGUGGCGACAAGAAGGAACACAAGCGUCGCCAAUAUCAAGUGGACGAGACGGGCAAACGCAUUCGUGGCACCGCCGAAGGAAAGGUCAACGACUACGACCAGUAUGUUGUCGACAUCUACUCCAAGUACGUGCCCCAGCCGGUCGACAUCAAGACGACAAGUGUAUACGACUUGUACGAUAUCCUGGAAGAAAUUGGAACGGGCGCUUUCGGUGUUGUGCAUCGUUGUCGCGAGCGCAAGUCGGGCCAGAUCUUCGCAGCCAAAUUUAUUCCCGUGUCACAAGCCGUCGAAAAGGAACUUAUUCGAAAGGAGAUCGACAUCAUGAACCAGUUACACCACCCCAAACUCAUCAAUUUGCACGACGCCUUCGAGGACGACGAUGAAAUGGUUCUCAUUUACGAGUUCUUGUCGGGAGGUGAGCUGUUCGAGCGAAUCACUGCCGAAGGCUACACCAUGUCCGAGGCUGAGGUCAUCAACUACAUGCGACAAAUUUGCGAGGCAGUCAAACACAUGCACGAGAAGAACAUUAUCCACUUGGACGUCAAGCCGGAAAACAUCAUGUGUGUGACCAAGAACAGUACCAUCGUCAAGUUGAUCGAUUUCGGAUUGGCCACAAAGCUUGACCCCAACCAACUGGUUAAGAUUUCCACUGGAACGGCAGAAUUCGCCGCUCCAGAGAUCGUCGAACGGGAACCUGUUGGUUUCUACACAGACAUGUGGGCCGUCGGUGUUCUUGCCUACGUUCUUCUAAGUGGUCUCUCACCUUUUGCCGGCGAGAACGACAUUGAAACGCUCAAGAACGUCAAGGCCUGCGACUGGGACUUUGAUGGGGAAGCCUUCGCCACCGUCUCUGAAGAAGGCAAGGAUUUCAUCCGCCAUCUCCUUACCAAGAACAAAGAGAAGCGCAUGACGGCUCACGAAUGUCUACUUCACCCAUGGCUCCUGGGUGAUCACAGCGAGUUGUCCGUCACCAUCUCUUCGUCCCGCUACUUUGCCAUGCGCGACAGGCUUCGCGCCAAAUAUCCUGGCUGGGAAGACUACUUGGUGCCCAUCGGACGAUUCUCCGAGUACAGCUGCCUCCGCAAAUUGCUGAUUGAGCGAUAUCGCAUCCACGAGUAUGCCUUUGACCGACGCGAGGCAGCUCCUCGCUUCGUCAUCCGGCCAAAGUCCGCUUUCGCCUAUGAGGGACAGAGCGCCAAAUUCUACUGUCGCAUCAUCGCCGUGGCGCCACCGACCGUUAGUUGGACGCACAACAACAGCGAGCUUAAGCAGAGCGUCAAGUUCAUGAAGCGAUACGCAGGAGAUGACUUCACAUUCGUCAUUAAUCGAGUCAAGUUGGAAGAUCGUGGCGAAUACAUUAUCCGAGCUGUCAAUCACUACGGUGUCAGGGAGGAGCCCAUCUUCCUCAACGUACAACCGCUGCCAAAAGAAACGCCGCAGUACAAACCGGAUAUUACCCCGCUUCGACGACGAAAGCCACUCGAGUACCAAUUGUGGCAGGACGAGCGCGAUUCCGUACCAACUUUCACUUUUCUGCUACGACCUCGUGUCAUUCAGUUGCAUCAAACGUGCAAACUUUUGUGCUGCCUCAGCGGCCGACCUACACCUACGGUCAAGUGGUUUAAAGACAAACGAGAGCUAUCGAAGUACGAUUAUACCAUGACGCACUCUGAUGGUGUUGUGACGAUGGAAAUUGCAAACUGCAAAGUUGAAGAUUCUGGUAACUAUCGAUGCGUCGCCACCAACGCCAUGGGUCAGGACGAAACUUCCUGUGUGGUCAUCGUCGAAGGUGUACACGUGUCAACAGAUCAAGCCGACUUGGUCAACAACUUGCUCCGCUCUGGAGAUCGGCGAUACGUUGAAAAUAAAUCUACCACCCGCACUCAAGAGUCUUAUAGUUCGCAAAGCCACUCGUCAACUACGAAUCAUGUGUCAAGUUCUCAAUAUCAGUCAUCCAGUACGUCUAAUCAGUUGAGCUCCAGCACCCACGUAUCAUCAUCCCGUGAAACUUACAGCAGCCAGUCAACCUCUGUGGAUACAACCAGCUCUAAACGGCAGCAGAAAGUUUACGGAGGGAGCGCAACUUCUCGUUCUCGCACAGCAACAAAAGAUUUAGAAUUACCACCUUCGGAUGCACUGAUGUGCCAACCAAAGUUCGUGAAGCCGUUGAGUGAAAUGACAAUUAAGGAUGGAGAAGCGCUAAAACUAGCAUGCAUAGUCAAAGGCGAUCCUGAUCCUAAUGUUACCUGGUUGAAAAACGGCGACUUACUAAGCUCCUCGGACAUUUUGGACCUUAAGUACCGAAAUGGAACGGCUACUCUUUCCAUCAAUGAAGUUUAUCCGGAAGACGAAGGCUUGUAUACCUGCAAAGCCAAAAACACACUCGGAGAGACAGAAACUACUUGUCGCUUGACUGUGCAAACGUCUGAAAAAGCUUGUCACAGGACAACAGGUAAAGAAAGAGCUCCGCGAAUUAUUGAACACGUCUCCUCGAAAACAGUGAACGACGGAGAGUCUGUUACUCUUCAAUGUCGGGUUACAGCAGCCACCAAAUUCGACGUGAUUUGGUUGCAUAAUGAAAAGGAAAUCAAACCAAGCAAAGAUUUUGAAUACGAUCGUCUUGGUGAUGUGUGCAAAUUAAAGAUCGCUGAAAUAUUUCCCGAAGAUGCUGGAACCUACACAUGCGAAGUUUUCAAUGAUGUUGGUGAAGCAUUCAGUUCCUGCACACUGUUGGUCGUUGUUCCGACUGAAGAAGUCAAAAGCCCCACCUUUAAAAUUUUCCCGCAAUCAAUCACCAUUGCGCAAGGUCAAGCAGCCACAUUCACGUGCGAAACGGACAAGGCGCCUACCAAAGUAACGUGGAUUAAAGAUGGUCAACCUCUCGAGGCGUCGACCAAGAAUGCUCAGAGUGUCGAUGGAAAGAAACGUUUCAAAUUAGAAGUGUCAAAUGUAACCACAGCUGAUGUUGGCCAGUACGGAGUAACUGUCGUUGGAAAGAAGUGUGAAACAUCUGCUUCUUUUUCGCUCAAUGUAACUGCGACUGAACUAUGAAAAGCUGAUAAAACAUGCUCGACAAAGGAGUAAUUACGAUCGAUAUGUUUUCAAAAAUUAUGCGCACGUAACUUGAUUUCAUCUUUAAAACAUGUUUUUAUUUUCAAAGCUUCUUUGCUUUUGUGCUGUUCCCUAUCGCUGCAUUUUAACCGCCUUAUAAAGAAGUGCGCUUUCAACUGGGUCUGAUCGGUGUUCGAUGAUUAAGAAUGUUAAGAAGAUAUUUGUCUGUUUUCUUGUUCCUAGCUGCUGCCAAUGAUCUACUAGUCAGGUAACGUGACAACACUAUGUUGAUCGUAUUUAGUCGAGCUUGUCGUUUAUUGAUUCAAUUAUUGAAGUUUUCAAAGCUGCAAUCUCCCUGGCUGUAAUAAACAAGUUAUGGCGUUCCCUCUUUA